UCGGUUAUCUCAAUUGAAGGUACAUCAACAAGUACACAUUGGGCAAGGCCAUUCACCUGUUCUGUGUGUGAGAAAGGAUUCAGUCAGUCUUCCCACCUGUGGACACUCCAGUCAGAGGCUGGUCAUCUGCUGAAUUUGUGGGGAACGAUUCACUCGGCCAUCUGACAUAAUGGCUCACCUGCGAGUUCACACUGGAGAGCAGCCAUUCACCUGCUUGGACUGUGGGAAGGGAUUCACUUGCUCCUCUAAAUUAAACGUACAUCAGGGAGUUCACACUGGGGAGAAGCCAUUCACCUGCUCAGACUGUGGGAAGGGAUUCACUCACACUUCCACACUAUGGAGACACCAGCGAGUUCACACUGGGGAGAAGCCAUUUACCUGCUCAGUCUGUGGGAAGAGAUUCACUCAGUCAUCCAUACUACAGAUUCAUCAGCGAAUUCACACUGGAGAGAGGCCGUUCACCUGCUCAGAGUGUGGGAAGGGAUUCAUUCGGUCACACCAUCUGCAGAGACACCAGCAAGUUCACACUGGGGAGAAGCCAUUCCUCUGCUCAGACUGUGGGAAGAGAUUCACUGAGUCAUCCACUCUAUUGGUACAUCAGCGUGUUCACACUAGGGAGAAGCUGUUCACCUGCUCAGUCUGUGGGAAGGGAUACACUCAGUCAUCCCACCUACAUAGACAUCAGCGAGUUCACACUGGGGAGAAGCCGUUCCUCUGCUCAGACUGUGGGAAGAGAUUCACUCAGUCAUCCAACCUACAGAGUCACUUGCGAGUUCACACUGGGGAGAAGCCGUUCACUUGCUCAGAAUGUGGGAAGCGAUUCAUUCAAUCUUCCACCCUACAGAGACAUCAGCGAGUUCACACCGGGGAGAAGCCAUUCACCUGCUCAAUCUGUGGGAAGGGAUUCACUCAGUCAUCCAACCAACAAUGUCAUCAGCGAGUUCACACUGGGGAGAAGCCGUUCACCUGCUCAGAAUGUGGGAAGCGAUUCACUCGGUCAUCCCAACUACUGGCACAUCAGUCAGUUCACAAUGGGGAGUUGCCAUUGUUCUGAAUCCCUAGGUUUAAUUUGCCUGACAUUUUAAGAGAGAGGGAUUAAGAAGUAAAAUCAGUCUGACUUGCAGCUUGUUUACAUCACUCACAGCUUGUUUAGUUUUAACCGAGGACACAGACACUCAGAGUCAGACGGAGAUGAAGGAGGAAAAAUGGAAGGAUUGAAACCAGGGAACUGGUGGCCAAGGGUCACUGUUUGGAGCUUCCCUAUGCCCACAAGGGUGGGUUAAUUAUUGAUUCACUGUACAUCGAAUGUUUCUCACCUCAUUAGAUCCAUAGGAGUGAAUCUGAUUUGAAAUAUCCUGUGAAGACAACUGAUGUGUUAUCCCUUG